GGCACGGUGCUGGACAUGGAGCCGCAGAGGUCCCCCUUGUUGGAAGUGAGGGGGAACAUACAGCUAAAAAGACCCCCGGUCAAGGCUCCUUCUCGGCUGCCUCUUCCGGGAACCAGGUUUAAGAGGGGGCCUGACCAGAUGGAGGAUGCCUUGGAGCCUGAGAAGAAAAGGACACGAGGCCUGGACACAGUGACCAAAAUUGCCACAUCCCGCCCCAGAGCACCAGCCCUCACCACAGUGCCACAGACACAAGGCCAGACCACAGCUCCAAAAGUUCCCAAGAAGACAGGACCCCGAUGUUCCACAGCUGUUGCCACAGCGCUGAAGAAUCAGAAACCAGGCCCUGCUGCUCCUGCCCAGAAGCCUGGAGCGGCUGCUCCCGUGCUGGGAGGGAGGAAACCCACCAAACGUCCGGCCUGGGACUUAAAGGGUCAGUUAUGUGACCUAAAUGCAGAGCUGAAAUGCUGUCGUGAGAGGACUCAGACAUUGGACCAGGAGAACCAACAGCUACAGGACCAGCUCCGGGAGGCCCAACAACAGGCCAAGUCCCUGAGGGCAGAAUGCAGGACACUGGAAGGGGAGUUGGCCAGGGCGCAGGCCCAGGCCGAGCAGGGCCAACAGGAAUUGGGGAACCUAAGGGCCCGUGUCCUGGAGCUAGAAGAGCAGCUGGGCACACAGCAGGGCUUGGUGCAAGAGCUCCAGAAAGAACAGUUGGGGUUGCAGGAGGAGCGAAGGGGACUGGCUGCCCGGCUGGAGGAGCAGGAGGGGACCCUGAGUGGGGCGCCGGCCCCCCCCACCCGCCAUGACUUCUCCUUUGACCGGGUCUUCCCACCAGGGAGUGGACAGGACGAAGUGUUUGAGGAGAUUGCCAUGCUUGUCCAGUCAGCCCUGGAUGGCUACCCAGUAUGCAUCUUUGCCUACGGCCAGACAGGCAGUGGCAAGACCUUCACGAUGGAGGGUGGGCCUAGGGGAGACCCCCAGGUGGAGGGGCUGAUCCCUCGGGCCCUGCGGCAUCUCUUCUCCGUGGCCCAGGAGCUGGGCAGCCAGGGCUGGACCUACAGCUUUGUGGCAAGCUAUGUAGAGAUCUAUAAUGAGACUGUCCGAGACCUGCUGGCCACCGGGACCCGGAAGGGCCAGGGCGGCGAGUGUGAGAUUCGCCGGGCAGGGCCAGGAAGCGAGGAGCUUACUGUCACCAAUGCCCGAUAUGUUCCUGUCUCCUGUGAGAAAGAGGUGGAGGCCCUGCUCCAUCUGGCCCACCAGAACCGGGCUGUGGCCCGCACAGCCCAGAAUGAGCGAUCAUCACGCAGUCACAGUGUGUUCCAGCUGCAGAUCUCUGGGGAGCACGCUGGGCGAGGCCUGCAAUGUGGGGCCCCCCUCAGCCUUGUGGACCUGGCUGGGAGUGAGCGGCUAGACCCUGGCUUAACCCUUGGCCCUGGGGAGCGGGAACGCCUUCGGGAAACCCAAGCCAUUAACAGCAGCCUGUCUACCCUGGGGCUGGUCAUCAUGGCCUUGAGCAACAAGGAGUCCCAUGUGCCUUACCGGAACAGCAAGCUCACCUACCUGCUGCAGAACUCUCUGGGUGGCAGCGCUAAGAUGCUCAUGUUUGUGAACAUUUCCCCUCUGGAAGAGAACGUGUCCGAGUCCCUCAACUCCCUACGCUUUGCCUCCAAGGUGAACCAGUGUGUUAUUGGUACGGCCCAGGCUAACAGGAAAUGA